UGGAAAGUUAUGUCAUGGGUGACGACGCGACAUCUGACACGAGUUCUAUAAAAGGGCCAAACUUGCUUGAACUUAGACACAAUUCUGAUUCUGUCCAUCCAAGACUUCAGAUUCGGUGAAGAACAGAUUCUAUGGCAACUCUUGGCGUUCGUCCUCCCCCGUUAACUUCCACCGCCAACCCACCUCCUCUCUUUGAUGGCACCACCAGGUUGUACAUCAGUUACUCUUGCCCCUAUGCACAACGUGUAUGGAUCACUAGGAACUACAAGGGGCUACAAGACAAGAUCAAUUUGGUCCCCAUAGACCUUGGAGACAGGCCAGCGUGGUAUAAGGAGAAAGUCUACCCCGAAAACAAAGUGCCAUCCUUGGAGCACAAUGGCAAGGUAUUGGGAGAAAGUCUUGAUUUGAUCAAAUAUGUAGAUGUGAACUUUGAAGGGACGCCUUUGUUUCCCAGUGAUCCUGCCAAGAAAGAGUUCGGUGAGCAAUUGAUAUCCCAUGUUGAUACAUUCAACAAAGACCUUUUCACUUCAUUGAAAGGGAAUCCUGUACAGGAAGCCAGCCCUGCUUUUGAAUACUUGGAGAAUGCUCUUGGUAAAUUUGAUGAUGGGCCAUUCUUGCUUGGUCAAUUCAGUUUGGUGGAUAUUGCCUAUGUUCCAUUUGUUGAAAGAUUCCAAGUUGUCUUUGCCGAGGUGUUCAAGCAUGACAUCACAGAAGGAAGGCCUAAACUUGCAACAUGGUUUGAGGAGUUGAACAAGAUCGAUGCUUAUACAGAGACAAGAGUUGAUCCUCAAGAAAUUGUUGAUCUUUUCAAGAAACGUUUUCUGCCUCAACAGUGAACUUUGGAUUACUGCAAGCUUCCUCUAAGAUGUAAACUGUGCCAAUAAAACGUCCUGUUCAUUCAUGGAUGCAUCUUCAGUCGAAUAUGGUUGUGUUUAUCUUCUAGUAUUGCAGGAUAGUUUGAGGUCAUAAUUAUGUAUUUAUUAUGUUUUACUUUUGAGCUUGUUUGUUUGAUGUCGUAAUAUUGUUUAUGUACCAGCUUGUGUGAUGGCUGAGCAUUAUGGUAUUUGUUAUCCUACUUGAACUAUGUUAUUAUAACGUAAUAUAAACUUUUCAGUCAGAAGCAGGUUCCUCGGUA